CCAAUCAAUUCUCAUUCCUUCACUCGGACUUGGCAUGAAUCCACAAUACACUUUUAGUGCUUGAUGAGGAGUGGAUUGUGGAGUAAAAUUCACAGCUAAAAAACAAAGGAAAAAACUAUGAAGGAGACCAAGUGUUCACCUCCAACCCCACUCACAUCCCAGCCAAUAAACCCUAACCCUAAUUCCUGUAAAAGCACCAAAAAUGUGAUCCACAUUGGGGGGAUUCAAGUGGAAUUCCCUUACCAGCCAUACGGUACCCAACUGGCCUUCAUGAAUCGCGUCAUUUCCACGCUCGAUCGCGCUCGACGGGACGGUCGCUGUCACGCUCUUCUCGAGUCACCCACCGGUACCGGAAAAUCGCUCUCCCUUCUUUGCUCCUCUCUCGCUUGGCAGCAGAAUUUCAAGUCCAGAAAUCUUCAAGCCGCCAAUCUUUCCUGCUCUGAUUCCAAGCCCAACCCGGAAGCCAUCAACGAUCCUAUUAACUUCGGUGGCGGAUUUGUCCCCGAAACCCAGCCUUUAUCUGAAACUGGAGGCUCAGCAGCUGUAAAUGGCAAGAAUAAGAAGAAACAAUCGGUGCCCACCAUAUUUUACGCUUCGCGGACGCAUUCACAAAUACGUCAAGUGAUCCAGGAGUACAGGAAAACUACUUACCGUGUCCCCAUGGCAGUUUUGGCAUCAAGGAGACAUUACUGCACAAACAUGAAUCUACGUGGAACUGCUAAUAUUGACGAGCAGUGUAAGUUGCUGUUGAAGGAUACAGAAAUUGGCUGCUCAGAAUUCAAGAAUGUGCAUAAGGUCAAAGGUCAUCCGUCUCUCCAGAAAGGAGGUUGCCAUGAGGUCCAUGAUAUUGAAGACCUUGUUAAAGUUGGAGAAAUUGUGAAAGGUUGUUCAUAUUUUGCAGCACGGUCAAUUGCAGAAGAUGCAGAAUUAGUAUUUUGCCCUUACAACUAUAUCAUUUGUCCAAUUAUUAGGAAAGCAAUGGAAGUCGACAUUGAGGGGGCCAUUAUCAUUCUCGAUGAAGCUCAUAAUAUAGAGGACAUUGCUCGUGAUGCUGGCAGCAUUGAUGUUGAAGAAGAUGUUUUGCUCCAGUUACAGACGGAACUGCAACAACUCAGGCUCACUGAUCCUAUGACAUAUCAGCCUUUGCUGGAAAUGAUUCAGGACAUCUUGAAUUGGAUUGAUCGGAGGAAAAGUACUUUAGAGAAGCGUGAAUUUCAGCAUUAUUUUUCUUGUUGGACUGGUGAUAAGGCUUUAAUGGAGCUGGAGGAUGCUAAUGUAACACAAAAGUGCUUCCCGAUACUAAAGGAAUGUGCAACCAAGGCAAUUAAAGCUGCUUCUGAUGCUGAGCCUGAAUUAGCUUGUUUAAGUGGCAUAUCAGCAACAGUGUUGGAAGGAUUGUUCUCUUCAUUUACUUUCUUCUUUUCUGGAAAUGGGCUUCACGUAAAUGAUUAUCUCCUUGCAUUACAAAGAUAUGUCAAAAGAGAUGGUGUCAAUUCUGCUGGUGGUUGGACACAUUCUUUGAAUUUGUGGUGCUUGAAUCCAUCUGUAGUCUUCAAAGGCAUUGCUGAUGUGUCUCUGUCAGUGAUUUUAACAUCAGGGACUCUAUCACCUAUGAACUCCUUUUCAUCUGAACUUGGUAUUCAAUUUGCAACUUGCUUGGAAGCUCCACAUGUCAUAGAGACUGAGACACAAAUAUGGGCAGGUGUAAUUUCUAGGGGUCCACAAGAUUAUCCACUAAAUGCAAGCUACAGGACAGCAGACACAUAUGCUUUCCAGGAUGCGGUUGGCAUGUCCUUAGAAGAAAUAUGCAAGAUUGCUCCGGGUGGUUGUCUUGUAUUCUUCCCUAGCUAUAAGCUGAUGGAAAAAUUAUGCAGUCGCUGGCAAGAAACUGGUCAAUGGUCUAAAUUAAAUGCACAGAAAUCUCUCUUUGUUGAGCCAAGAGGGGGAAGUCAGGAUGGCCUUGAACCAGUUUUGGAGGGCUAUUAUAAUUCCAUUCAUCAGAAAAGUAAACCUUUGACUGGAAGAAAGAGAAGAUGUAAGAAGUUGGAUGUUACUAAUGGCGAGAGAACAGAAUCAUCACAGACUGCUAAUGGAGGAGCUGCUUUUCUUGCUGUUUGUCGGGGAAAGAUAUCUGAAGGCAUUGACUUCUCUGAUGACUAUGCUCGAGUGGUUGUAAUUGUUGGCAUUCCCUUCCCAAACAUCCAUGACAUUCAAGUUGCCCAAAAGAAGAAAUUCAACGAUAUGUAUAGGUUGUCCAAAAACCUCCUGAGUGGGAAUGAGUGGUACUGUAAUCAAGCUUUCCGAGCCCUCAACCAGGCUACAGGACGUUGCAUAAGACACAGAUAUGACUAUGGAGCUAUCAUCUUAUUAGAUGAGCGCCUGUGUGAAGAAAGGAACAGAGCACACAUUUCAAAGUGGUUUAGGAAAUCCAUUAGACAGUAUGAUAACUUUGAAAGAUCCAUGGAGGAGUUAAAAUCAUUUUUCAGAGAUGCCAAGGAUCGUGUUGGGAAGGUAGUUAAGUCUCCACAAAGUUCUGACCUUCGGGUUGAAGAUACUCUCAUGGUUAAGAACAAGGUGAUUUCUACGAAAAAGUCUCAGAGUGAAAGGCCAUUCAAGAGAUCUGAGCAGAAAAUAUCUGGUCAUUCCUUGGCAUCUGAAAAUUCUUCUUCCUUGUACCCAUCUGUAAGCUAUGGCAUAAAUCACAAAUUUAGCCAAAAGAUUCCUGAUGUGGAAGGAUUGCUAUCAACGGAUGGGAGAGAUAUUGCUGGCUGCAGAGAGUACAUUGACCUGGAGUGUGACACUCAGAAACACUGCAGGUUGUCCAUGAGUGCAUCAACAAUGCUAUCACCUGUUGAUCCUGAUAUAACAAUUGUUAGGGAAACUCCUGGUGUAAUUGGCAUUGACGCUAUAGCAACUUCUGAAGUCAUUUCGAUAAAUGAAGACUCCAGUUUGACAGCUGUCCCACUGUCCAGUGAGAUUCCAGAUAAUUUUUCCCGCAGUCCUGUAUCUUUAGUGAAUUCAAGUCUGGCUUUUAAAUCCACUUGUUUGCUGGCAACUCCUGAAAGAACUAAUAAUGACAGACUGAAUGUACGAGUACCAGAGAUGGAGUCACCUUACAAUUUGAGUGCCAAUUCAUUUUCCCUUAAAAGGAGAAAAUCCAUGUGUUCAUCAUCUGACCGUAUACAGAAAGUAGAAUUUGGCUCUCCCGUUUCUAGAACUCCUGAUUCUGUCAGUUUCAUGGUGAGCUCAAUAACAAAAGUAGAUCCAGAAAAAAGAAAUGGAAUUGAUUCUCAGAUGCUCAAUUUGAACAAGGAAAAUGGCAGAUUUUUUCAGCCAUCAUCAUUUAAUGAUACUGGAACAUCAUGUGCUCCUGAUCCCACAGUGGUCAAGAGACUGCAAAUCUUUUGUUCAGUGUGCAAAAAUCCUUUGGGACUUCCUGAAAAUAAUCUGUGUGUUGCGUCCACUCUAACAUCCUGUUCCAAAAUUUACUUGAGAUCUCUUCUGAGGGAGAAGUUGGAGAGUUCAGAUGUAUGUUCCUCAAGUAUACCAGUUCUGGUAACUGAUAAGUCAUCAGUUGAUCAGCAGUUCUUUGAGAGAAACAAUGAAGCUGCUCCAGCAGGACCAGUAGAGGGUAUUUGGUGCAAAGCAGAUGGUUGUGUAUUUAGUACAAUUUUCUGCCCAUUCUGUUUGGAUAGCACCACUUGUCUUGGCGUACAAGUCAUGGCCACGGAUGCAUCCAAUGUGUGUUUACAAAAUAAGGUAUUGUUGUUUUCUGACCUUCUAGAGAUUAAAAGUCCUACCGCAUCAAUAACGAAGGAAUUAUCUUCAUCUAAUGGCUCAUGCACCAGUAAGAGAGCUGGGUUGAAUUCCAUUGAGAAAUACGCUUACAUCCCAGAACAAAAGAAUUCGGGAGGCUGGAGGACUACAAAAUCAAAGAUGCAACUGCCAAAGAGGGGUCUGCUGUCCACUCCAGAAAGCUAAUGUAGAUGCAAGAUGUGAUGUUCUGGUCAAUAUGUGCAGUGGAGGAUUCUUGUCUGGACUAGUUUUGGAAAAAUAUAUUGGAAGUUGGGGCUGUUCUUGGAUAGGCGUUUGAAAUUAAGUAGGUGGCAAGUAAUGUUUCUCUGAAGAAAAGUUGACCUGCUGCUUAGUUUUGCUGAUAGUAAAUAACCCUGAUGUGUCGUGUUUGUAAAAAAUUUAUGGCUGAUGGGUACUCACAACAGGGUCAUGCUAGAACAACAUGGUCUUGUGUGUUGUACGACUGUUGCAGAUAGCUUAGAUAUUGGUGGAUUCCAUUCCAUUUGGCAAAUGAAUGCGUAAAACAGACUUAAAAAGUCCUAGUUAGGAUCGGAAACCACUUUUCCUUUACUAGUUGACAACCGCUAUUACUGACUGGUCUUGCUGAAAAUGCAGGUAAGUGUUUAUUUUUGGGCAA